AUGGCAGGUAAGAAGGGUAGCAAGAGAGCAAGCACCCCGAGAGAUCCGUUUGAAAAAGAGCGGCUGAUAAGAGAGGCACAGCUGGUUGGUGUGUAUGGGCUGAAGAAUAAGCACGAACUCUGGGUCAUGGAAAAGAUAUUUGCAAAGGACAAGGAACGCGCACGUAUACUCCUUACAUCGACAAAUCCGGAGGACAUCCCCAUAAAUGGGAGGUCUCUUCUUAGGAGACUCAUGAAGUAUGGAAUACUCGGCGGAAUCGACCUCUGCGACAAGCAGGAGGUGGUUAAUGGCCUCAACAAGGUUCUUGAUCUUACAAUCAACCACUACCUGGAAAGGCGCCUCCAGUUCAGGGUGUUUGCAGCCGGGCUUGCCAAGUCUGUGCACCAUGCAAGACUCCUGAUUGGAGGAAGGUGCAUUUCGAUCAAGGAUCAGAUCGUCGAUGUCCCCGGGUUCAUGGUAAGGGCUGACAAGGAGCCACUCAUUGAAUAUAACCCAUACUCACGUUACGGAGACAAGGGCAAGAAAAAGGCAGAGGCUAAGGUAGGCGAGGAGUGA